ACUAACUAUUGUCGUAUCAACUUAACUUUAAAUUGCUUGUUCUAGCCAGACAUUCAUUCAUGGCUAGGAAGUGUGUACAGAUGCAUCUGAACAUCUACAUCUAAUUGAGUCAAAUAUGAAAUUCAGACAAGUCAUCUUCUUCUCCGCUCUGCCGUUUUUCGUGUCGGCUGCUAACAUUCUGGGUUUGAUGGGUGUUCCAUCCCCGUCGCAUCAUAACUGGAAUCGAAACAUCUUCUAUAAGCUAGCCGCUAGAGGUCAUAAUCUGACGAUUCUAUCGGCCGAUGUCGAUAGAGAUGCAACUCCUGGUGUGCAUUAUAUUUGGGCCGAAGAGGUCUACUCACAUCUAUACAACGGAUCACGCGGUUUUAACUUGAUGGAUAUGACUAAAGAAGGACCGUUCGAAGAAUUGCUUUCAUUUUAUGGUUGGCUUAGAAGGAGCUGCGAGGGAUACUACAAGUCGAAAGGAUUUCAAACUUUAUUGGAUUACCCCGAUGACUUUAAAUUUGACUUAAUUUUGGUGGACUAUUCAUGCGAACCGUGCUUGUUAGGCUUCAGUAAAAAAUUCAAUUAUCCGCCGACAGUGGGAGUGAGUGCAUUCAGUUUGCCACACUAUACGUACCAUUUUGUGGGUGGUCAUCGUCACUUUUCAUACGUACCACAUUUCAAUGCGGAAUACGAAAGUAAAAUGAACUUUAUCGAGCGUCUAGACAACUUUUUGUUGUACAUGUGGGACGAUUGGUUCUACUUAUACAAAUUCCUACCUCAACAAGAUGUAGCAAUGAAAGCUGCCUUUAAUGACCCGAAUCUACCGGACGUUCGAACUCUUUUGAGAAAAAUAAUUUUAGCUCUUUGCAACACACACUAUUCGAUUCAAAAAUCGGAACCGCUACCACCAAACAUUAUUCCGGUCGGAGGACUUCAAAUACAAGAACCCAAACCGCUAGACAAAGACUUAUUGGAGUUCGUUCAAGAAGCCAAGAAAGGUGUGGUCCUCUUCUCGUUAGGUACCAACAUGAGAAGUGAGUUUAUGGACGAGGCUCGUAAGAAAGCUUUCGUAGAAGCUUUCAGGCAGUUACCAGAUUACAAUUUCAUCUGGAAAUAUGAAUCUGACCUGGGAAUACAUUUGCCAUCGAAUGUAAAAAUUCUGGCUUGGGUGCGACAGAAUGAUAUUUUGGCUCAUCCUAGAACGAAAGCCUUCAUGUCACAUUGUGGACUGUUGGGAACUCAAGAAUCAGUUUGGUACGGAAUUCCUGUUGUUGGGAUCCCACUCUUUACCGAUCAGCAUCGUAAUAUGAAGAAUGGUGUCCGCGAAGGGACCACUGUUCAUUUAGAUUAUUUAACAUUAAGUGUCGAAUCUAUAAAGGCAGCUGUGACAGAAGCUAUAGAAAAUCCAAAAUACUUACGAAAUGCACAAAGACGUUCACGUCUGUUCCGCGAUCAACCAGAGACGCCGAUAGAUCGUGCCGCAUUCUGGGUCGAAUGGGUCAUGAGGCAUGCGGAUGAAUAUUCAGUAAUUCAGCUGCCGAUAAAUGAUUUGGGAAUCAUUGUGUCGCACAGUUACGAUGUCAUCGGUUUUUUGUUGGCCGUCCCGAUACUGAUUGUGGCGAUGUUUUUGUACAUUGUAAGGAGAGUGGUUAUGACGGUGAGAAAGAGUGAUGGGAAAACUAACGUCAAACAAAAGGAACAUUAGCAACUACACUUAGACAAGGCAUGGCUAGUAAUGUUUGUAGAACAUUCGGACACCAAAAGAUUUUUGUUGGUCCGUUUGUUGUUAAUGCCAAUUAGAC